GUAAACAACUUGAAUUCAACUUCACCUUCUCCACCUCCUCAACACUGAACGAUGGCUUCCCUAAUGUCACUGUUAUCAAGAACAAGAAACCCUUGUUCCUAUCUUGCGAGGCGCAUUCGGUGCAUGAGCAACUUGCCCGAGAACACGGUGUAUUCAGGACCCACUCAUCAGAACCCGAACCAGAGAGUGUCGCUGACCCUGUUGAGGCAAAAGCACCGAAACUCCCAACCAAUCACAAUGGUCACCGCCUACGAUUACCCCUCAGCGGUGCAUCUUGACAUGGCCGCUAUUGAUAUAUGUCUCGUUGGAGACUCAGUUUCCAUGGUGGUUCAUGGACACGACACCACGCUACCCAUCACGGUCGAUGAAAUGCUUGUUCAUUGUCGUGCCGUUGCUCGUGGCGCUAAAAGGCCUCUUCUUGUUGGGGACUUGCCUUUUGGAUCAUAUGAAUCAAGUUCCGAUCAGGCAGUGGAUACAGCAGUUCGUAUUUUAAAAGAAGGGGGAAUGGAUGCAAUAAAAUUGGAAGGAGGGUCUCCUUCGAGAAUUGUUGCUGCAAAAGCUGUUGUUGAGGCUGGAAUAGCAGUAAUGGGGCAUGUAGGGCUUACUCCCCAAGCAAUUAGUGUUUUGGGGGGAUUUAGACCUCAGGGAAGGAAUGUUGCUAGUGCCAUCAAGGUCGUGGAGACGGCAUUGGCUUUGCAAGAAGCAGGGUGCUUUUCUGUUGUUCUAGAAUGUGUGCCUGCACCAGUCGCUGCUGCAGCAACAGCAGCUCUUCAGAUUCCUACCAUUGGAAUUGGGGCUGGACCCUUUUGCAGUGGACAGGUGCUAGUUUACCAUGAUUUGCUGGGCAUGCUGCAACACCCCCACCAUGCAAAGGUCACUCCAAAAUUCUGUAAGCAGUAUGCACGUGUUGGAGAUGUCAUCAAUAAGGCCUUACUGCAGUAUAAGGAAGACGUGGUAAAUGGUUCAUUCCCUGAUGCUCACCAUAGUCCAUACAAAAUCAGCAAAACAGAUGCAGAUGGUUUUUCAAAUGAGUUGCAAAGGUUAGGUUUGGACAACGCAGCAUCUGCAGCAUCGGAAGCAGUUCAGAAAAUGGAUACAGAUAAAUAAAUUGGUAAAGAAAAGCAAACAAAGAUGAUUUAGUAUCGCUACAGAACCAGUUUUCUUUUUCUAAGUUGAUGUCCUUAAUUUUCUUCAGUGGCAGAACAAAAUGAAGGUAUAAAUAGAAGUUGAGCAUUGACUUAUGGAUAGUAGACGCCAUUUUCUUAGGAAAUUCACUUCUUAUUUUUCUUCCUAUCGUUUUGACACUCAGGACCAAAUGCACAAAAUUUUCUUGAUGUUACAGAAACAGUAUAUUCGUUGUGUCCAAUAUUAUGUAU